GUGUCCUCCUCGGCAGUGCCGUCAUCAGGAGUCGCUCCCAUGGCUGUAUUAUUAUUAUCAUAGUACUUAUAAAAAAGCCUUAAAAACAAGGAGACUCACAGAUAAGUCGUUAAAACAUGCGAGACCUAUAAUUUAUUAUAGAGACCUUUUAAUUUAAAGUACAUGGCAGCUCCACCGUGACAACAUGAGGCCGAGUUAUUUGGGGGAAAGUCAGAAAAAGAGCAGACGGCUUUUAGCACACAAAGAAGUGAGGAGGUAGCUGCUCUGCUUUCACUGAACGUGGCUAAUAUAGGAAGCGUCAUACUUCAUAUUUAUCAACAGGAAGAGAGAGGAGCCUCCCCCUGCUCUGCUGCUGCUGUUGGACUCCUCAGUGAAUCAGUAAACUCAUCAGAGUGACUCCUCCUUCCAUGAUAUCCUCUGAGGGACAAACAGGAGCAACACAGGACAAGAACUCCAGGGUCAAGUAGAAGAAGCUUUUUUAUAAUCUGUGCCUGAGACAACACAUCAUAUACACACAGUGUGUGGUUGUGUUACCAGGCCCUGUGUGACCUGCCUGCCUGCAGCACUCAGCUAACAAUCCAGAUUCAAUCAUCUUUGGGGAAGAGAAGUUGACCAUUAACUUCCUUCCUGCUGAUUGCAAACCCUCUUCCACUUGUCCACAUCUGUGCAGUGGAGCCGGAGGCAAAGUUCACUGUCACAAGCAGCCGGACUCGUUCAAACCGAUCGACUUAUAUUUUUACUCAGUUUUUGUCAGGACUGUCUGAAAUCUACAAGCAUGGCUACAGCGAGCUAUGGAUACUACAGACUAACUAUAUUUCUGGCCAUGUUUGUCGGCUACACACUCUACUACUUCAACAGAAAGACUUUCUCCUUUGUGAUGCCGUCUCUGAUGCAAGAGAUUCAGAUGGACAAGGAUGACCUGGGUAUGAUCACCAGCAGUCAGUCGUUGGCCUACGCUAUCAGUAAGUUCAUCAGCGGUGUGCUCUCUGACCAGAUCAGCGCCCGCUGGCUCUUCUCUAUUGGCCUGUUCAUGGUGGGAGGUAUCAACGUUUUCUUCUCCUGGUCGUCCACUGUUGCUGUCUUCUCUGCCCUGUGGUUUCUUAACGGCCUCGGUCAGGGCCUCGGUUGGCCUCCCUGUGGCCGAGUGCUGCGCAAGUGGUUCGAGCCCUCUCAGUUUGGGACGUGGUGGGCCAUUCUCUCCUGCAGCAUGAAUCUGGCUGGCAGCCUAGGACCCAUUAUUGCCACAGUGCUGGCCCAGACGCACAGCUGGAGGGCGAUACUCUCCGUCUCUGGGAUGACUUGUGUGGCCUUCUCCUUCAUCUGCCUGUUGGUCAUCAAGAAUGAGCCCAAGGAUGUGGGGCUUCCCAAUGUCGAGGCGGCAGCCACGAAGAACAGAGGAGGAUCCUCGAGUGAUGAGAGCACCCUUUCUGAGUUCCUGCUGUCUCCGUACCUGUGGCUGCUGUCGGUGUCGUACCUGGUGGUGUUCGGGGUGAAGACGGCCUGCACCGACUGGGGCCAGUUGUUCCUCAUCCAGGACAAGGGCCAGUCUACACUCAUGGGAAGCUCAUACAUGAGUGCCCUGGAAGUCGGAGGUCUGUUUGGAAGUCUCGCCGCAGGUUACCUCUCUGACAAGGCUGUGGCCAAACAAGGCAGGAGAAUCUAUGGCAAUCCUCGCCACUUCAUCCUGAACUGCAUGAUGGCAGGAAUGUUUGUGUCCAUGUACCUGUUCAGAGUCACAGUCGCUGCUGACAGCUCAAAGGUGUGGAUACUCUGCUUGGGUGCUGCUUUCGGUUUCUCCUCCUACGGACCAAUAGCAUUGUUUGGAGUUAUAGCCAAUGAGAGCGCCCCAUCCAACUACUGUGGGACAUCACAUGCCAUUGUCGCCUUGAUGGCCAACAUUGGUGGCUUCCUGUCCGGACUUCCAUUCAGCACAAUCGCCAAGCUCCACGGCUGGGAAAUGGCCUUCUGGGUAGCAGAGAUCGUCUGUGGUGUCACCGCUGUCGGAUUCUUCCUGCUGCGCAACAUCCGGACCAAGAUGGGAAACAUGUCCAAGAAGGCUGACUAAAACACCAUUACAUCUCAACCUCUGCAACCAGAGGAAACUGCCUUAUUUAAGCCAACCGUCUUUAAAUAUUGUUCUUACCUGAUUUUUUUUUUAUACCUCCGUAUUUUUUUCAGCUGUACAACAAAGGUGUAAAUGAAGCUCAUAAAAGUUGAGGAUUUUUUAAGUGUUUUGCAAGUUGCUUAUUGACAUUUACUGUUUACAAUAUGUAAACAGUGGAAUUUACGUGACUACAGAUUAUGAAUGUCAUGUAAUGGAAUGUGGUAGCGACACGACUAUAGAAACGUUUCCUCUCCUGAGGUCACUGUUGCAUUACAAAGCCCAGAGGAAAAAACUGAAACCUAGAUCAGAAACUUGUAUGUUAUACAAAAUAUUAUUUUUUUUAACGUAAUAAUUAAUCAUGAAUGAAUUAAGACACAAUAUUUACACAAAGGCUUAAAUAAAUUCUACUUUUUCAA